AUGAAGAGGACCAGGUUGCUGCUGGUGGCCGCUGUGCUCUUGCUUCGGGAAGCAACAUGCGAACCUCCGGUGGACUCGGCUUCAUUGCCUUUGGAACAUCGAACAGGGGCCGGUUACGGGCCACCGUUGCCACCCUCGCACACAGACGACCCGUGGCCCCUGGCGACACCGGAUAGUCCUAAAAUAAAGCAUCUACAAGUUCAGUGUGAGAAAACACGCAUGCGUGUCAAUAUAGAAUUUGACCGUCCAUUUUAUGGAAUGAUAUUCUCAAAAGGAUUCUACAGCGACCCUCAUUGUAUGCAUUUGAAACCAGGGACUGGACAUCUCAGCGCCACUUUUGAAAUAUUCCUCAACAGCUGCGGCAUGAGUAGUUCUGCAAAUCAUAAUGUAGCUACAUAUGGAAGUCCUACUCCUAGUGGUUCCUACGUGGAGAACACUAUCAUUGUCCAAUACGACCCUUACGUCCAAGAAGUAUGGGAUCAGGCAAGAAAAUUACGAUGCACGUGGUACGACUUUUACGAAAAGGCAGUUACGUUUAGACCAUUCCAAGUGGACAUGCUGCACGCGGUCACGGCGAACUUUCUCGGAGACAACCUGCAAUGCUGGAUGCAGAUACAGGUUGGAAAGGGACCUUGGGCUUCAGAAGUGUCCGGCAUAGUGAAAAUAGGUCAGACUAUGACGAUGGUGCUAGCAAUCAAAGAUGAUGAAAACAAAUUCGACAUGUUGGUGCGUAACUGUGUGGCACACGACGGAAAGAGAGCGCCCAUACAGCUUGUCGAUCAAUACGGUUGUGUAGUAAGACCUAAGAUUAUGAGCAAAUUCCAAAAGAUAAAGAACUUUGGUCCUUCAGCUUCUGUGGUAUCCUUCGCAUAUUUCCAAGCAUUUAAAUUCCCCGAUUCAAUGAACGUACACUUCCAGUGUGUAAUCCAAGUGUGCAGAUAUAACUGUCCUGAGCCUAAGUGCGGUGGUCUAGGUGCUGACUACGGAGUUCCCUUGUUAGGUGGAAAUACUCUGGGUGCUGAAGAAUACGGCGUACCCAACUCUCCCCACGCGGAGUACGGUCCCCCACCACCAGCUCCUCAUGGAGAAUAUGGCGUGCCACCUGCGUUCCCCGAUCCGCGACAUCCCGCGGAUGCGACAGGAUCCUUCUCAGAAAAACGCGAUGAUGCUGUACCGCCACCACAAGCGCAAGUAUCAUCAACUCCAAAUGCACCUAGUCCAUCAUCACCAGCCCCCGCGCGAGAUGAAGAUGAAGUGAACUUACCUCCCCCGCCUCCUCCAGGCCGUCGUGGCGUAUACAAUACGGUGAAGAGGAAAGAUGAUGCUCACGUUAAUUUAGCAACAUUAGGAGGAAGGCCGCGUUCCGUUGAGGACCUACCAGAGAGGCUGGUCGGAGUGAGGCGGAGGCGAGAGACAUCCACGCCAACAAGAAUAUACAAACGUGACGCACAAGAAAUGACUGACGUCAAUACUAGUCGAACGAUCCAGGUGGUGGCUCCUGGAGACGUGAACUUCGCAUUAAACAAUGCCGCGGCGAACGAGACCGUCGUCAUUCAGUCUCCGGCCAGUGAUCCGGAGACAAUAUGCAUGUCGGUUCCGUCGUUCGUGGCGGGACUGGUGAUGUUGCUGCUAGUGCUCGUGGUGGCCUCGCUGGUGGCCGCCUUCCUCUUCGUGCGUGUGCGUGCGCUCGACAGGAAGGGCGCGCACGGAGCGGCCGCCUACUACGAGACGGAUUACGUCAAGCACACUAAUUAGCGGUAGACGCGGUGCGAAUGUGACGCGAGGACGAUUCACAAACUUUACUCGGAUCCAAAGAGCGUGCGCGCUUCGGCCCCGGUCGGACGGCGCGCGGGCGCUGUCGCGGUCGCGAUCGAAGCUCGGUGACUGUGUCAGAUAUUUAUUUAGUUUGUAAUGAGCGUGAUGUAUAUGUACGACUGUUUUUGUAAAUUAUUUUUAUUCGUGUGGAAAGCACCCUGUAUCAUCGCCUUGUAGUCGAUACGCCUGUUGUAAUUUUGUAAAG